AUGGAUCGCAGUCCGACUAUGCUGGAUGGCGGGGACAACCGACUGCGCGUCCUGCGGGCCUGUGACCGCUGCUCUCAGUCCAAACAGCGCUGCGAUGGAGAGCAUCCAUGUCAGCGGUGUGCUGAACGAAACACUCCAUGUCAUUACGAGAAGCUCGUGCGCAAGCGUGGCCGUCGUCGGCGGACGAAGCCAACCUCCACCGGCCACAGGGUGCUGGCGCCCGGCCCUCCGAGCUUGAACGGCCUCAUAAACCCGACUGAGAUGGAAACUUCGCCGGAUGACGGAGACAACAUGCCCGAAAGUUUGCGAAGGAGAGAUACGAACCCGUUGAGCACGCCGUCAUACACAGAUGACUCUACACGAAUAACGGCGGAAACAAGAGCGACGGGGGGAAGCAAUGAACAAGAGGAGAGAAAUGGCCAAUUUGGCCUCGAGAUUGAUGCGCCUGCGGUCGUUGGCCAUCGCGACUCAUACUCCCAGCACCUGAAUCCAUUUAUUUUCCAGGAUGUGUUCUUCGGAACGCCAGGCCGUCCGAGCAGCCAGGCUGCGUUUACGCCCGGUCGCGUUGAACACUGGCUGGACAAGGCGGCGCCGAUUCCACGCAGUGCCUCUCGCGGUCUGUACUCUACAGUUUCACAUAAGACCCCGCAGGAAAAUCCUGGAAAUGGAACAGCAGUCCAAGGCCAACUGUCGUACCCUUGCCUGGAACCUCUACUUCCUUAUUUACAGGGAAUACUCUCCCCGGGCGAUGCUUCAGAAAUGCUUGAGAUCUACUUUAAUGAACAGAGGAAUCCGAUCUUCAAGGCGGCCUCACCAUAUACAAUCACUCAUGUCAUACAGCCAUCCUCUGUUCUCCACCCAACCGCACCGCGGCCCACCUCCUCCAUCCUACUCCUAGUUAUGUUGCUUUGUGUUGCACAGACGGCGGACAUCAAAAUAUUCGACCCCCCCGGAGCGCGACAGCGCAUUGUCCUCGAUCUCUAUCGUUUGGCGCUUGACUUGAUGGAACCGGUCGACUGGGAUAAUUAUUUCAGGACGUCAGAUGGAUGGCAGUUUCAUCCACGCGGCGGAUCCACUGAUAAAGACGGACGCUCGUCCGUGUCGCAUGCUGCGGGGAGCGGGCUCAUACCCGAUUUCCUGGGUUCAACUGAUGCCAUUCUUGCAGUUGUGAUCAUGACCCUCGUAAUAUCCGGCGGUCAUUUCAAGGCUGACUCCUUGAAAUGGUGGUCGAAGGCUGUCCGACUGGCUCGUGCCAGUGGAUUGAGUAUGGAGGAUCAGGGAAUGCACCCGGGAUCCCUCGCUGGCCAACUGUAUCAAGGACACGCAGGUCGCUCAUGGUUGAUCGUCAAAGAGGAACGUCGAAGAUUAUUCUGGCUCAUUUACUGCCUAGAUCGUCAUUUAGGGCUUUCGUUCAAUGCGCCUGUGAAUUUUCCAGAAGGCACGUUCUGCGUCGCGGCGCCGUUACCUGAGGCUCUUUGGCAGAAGCUGGAGACGGUAGACCUCAAUACCAUUCCAACACCGCGCCUCGGCCCUCCGGCUAGGAUAUCUGGAUACGGGUUCUUCGAGUAUUUCCUUCCAUUAGCGACAGUCCUCGGCCAUAUAAUCGACCUCCACCACAUGAAGAACCAUCCUCUUCUUGGUGACACCCUUGGCCAUGCGGCUGUCCAGAAGAUCGAGACCCUCAUCUCCCAGCGAGAGCAAGACCUAGCUGAACUAAGAGAUGAACUCGAGAACCCCCUACCGACACAACACCCGGUUGACCCGUUUAGCCACCCUCUUGGCUAUGGCCAUACCCCAGCAUCAACAAUUGACACAAAGAAACCGCUAGUUCUUGCCUACAGCACUCAUAUGCUGCAUGUCUUCUACAUCCUGCUCCAUGGAAAAUGGGACCCAAUAUCCAUGAUCGAAGACAAAGACGACUGGAUCACCUCGGACAGUUUCCAAGCGUGCGCGUCGCACGCCCUCAGCGCAACCGCCGCCGUGCACCAGAUCCUCUCCCUGGACCCGGAACUCACCUUCAUGCCAUACCUAUUCGGCAUAUACCUGCUGCAAGGGAGCUUCAUACUCCUCCUCUUCGUCGACCGGAUGCCGGAGCUAGGAUUCAACAAAUCCGUCGAGGAAGUCUGCGAGACCAUCAUCCGGGCGCAUGAAGUGAGCGUCGUGACGCUCGACACCACGUUUCAGAAAAACAUCCGUAAAGUCUUCCGGUCAAUGCUACAUGAUGCGCAGCGUGCGGAUCCGCAUUUUCGGGAAACGCACAAGGCCCGUCGGAGGGAGAUUUUGUCGCUUUACCGCUGGAAGCGUACGUCGCAUGGACUGGCUUAUUGA